AUGGAAGCUAUCAAAGACACAGUCAACCAGGCCCUCGAGAAGCUCCACCUCGGCGGUGCACAGGUUGCUCCUGCCAAGGAGCCUGCAGAGGAGCAGCUGAAUGAGCUCAGGUCCAAGUACGAGAAGGCAGGACAAGAGCAGGUCUUUGCUUUCUACGACAAGCUCUCAACAGCCGAAAAGGCCGCCCUCUUCGAGCAGCUGUCCACGUUCAACCCCGACUACAUCAACGAGAUCACAGAAAAGGCCCUGAAGCCAGCACAGGCCGAGUCUACCGAGACAAAGCUCGAGCCGCUCCCCGAGAGCGCCACGUCGUCGACCCUCGACACACAGCAGGAUGACUUGGACAAGUGGUACAACAGCGGUCUGGAGCUGAUCGCCGAGAACAAGGUUGCCGUUGUUCUGAUGGCCGGUGGUCAGGGCACACGGUUGGGCUCGUCAGACCCCAAGGGCUGCUACGACAUUGGCCUUCCUAGCAAGAAGUCGCUUUUCCAGCUCCAGGGUGAGAGGAUCGCGAAGGCGGAGCUCUUGGCCAAGAAGAAGCACGGCAAGGACAGUGUCACCAUCCCGUGGUAUGUCAUGACCUCUGGUCCUACAAGGAAGCCCACAGCGCAAUUCUUUGAGAAGAACAACUACUUCGGCCUCAAGAAGGAGAACGUUGUCAUCUUCGAGCAGGGCGUGUUGCCCUGCAUCUCGAACGACGGCAAGAUUCUGCUCGAGAGCAAGUCCAAGGUUGCUGUGGCCCCUGAUGGCAACGGUGGUAUCUACCAAGCUCUCAUCCAGUCUGGCGUUGUCCAGGACAUGGGCAAGCGCGGCAUUCAGCACAUCCACGCUUACUGCGUCGACAACUGCCUCGUCAAGGUCGCCGACCCCAUCUUCAUCGGUUUCUCUGCAUCGAAGAACGUCGACAUUGCUACCAAGGUUGUCCGCAAGCGCAAUGCGAAGGAGUCUGUCGGUCUCAUUCUGCAGAAGAACGGCAAGCCCGACGUCGUUGAGUACUCGGAGAUCGACGACGAGACCGCAGAGGCCAAGGACUCGAAGAACUCUGAGCUUCUGAAGUUCCGUGCUGCCAACAUCGUCAACCACUACUACUCGUACAAGUUCCUCGAGAGCAUCCCCGAAUGGGCAAAGAAGCUGCCCCACCACGUUGCUCGCAAGAAGAUCCCAUACGUCAACACCGAGUCUGGCGAGACUGUCAAGCCCGAGAAGCCCAACGGUAUCAAGCUUGAGCAGUUUGUCUUCGAUUGCUUCCCCUUCCUCAGCCUCGACCAGUUCGCAUGCAUGGAGGUCAAGCGUGAGGAUGAAUUUUCGCCUCUGAAGAACGCGAGGGGCACCGGCGAGGACGACCCGGAUACAUCCAGGUUGGACAUCAUGACCCAGGGCAAGAAGUGGGUGCAGGCUGCCGGCGCGACCGUUGUCAGCGAGGAUGCUAAGGCGGGUAUCGAGGUCUCGCCACUGAUUUCAUACGGCGGCGAAGGCCUCGAGUUCCUCAAGGACCGCACCGUCAAGGCACCGGCCGUCAUCGAGUCUGAGGAUUAG